AUGACCGCAAAAGCCUCCAUCCCGGCGGGAGCCCUCGCUCAAAACCUACUCGCAACAAUCGAUGCCUCGGCGGACCCCACGCGGCCACCGAUCCACCCGGACACGCUGGCGCUCUACGAUUUGUGGCUCGCGAGCGGCGCCGCGAACGAGCCGGCCGCGCCACCCCCGCCGCCCGCGUCGGACGACGAUGAAGAGGAUUACUCGGAGUCCGACGACGACACCGGCAACGAGCACGACUUCGGCCCGCUUCAAUCGAGCUUCUACGGCGUCACCUGGGACCGCAAGAAGGGCCGCUGGCGGGCGGCCGUCCGCCUCGCAAAACGAUUAGGUUACGAGGGCCAAGUCUACAACAUCGGCCUGUUUGAUCAUGCGUGGGUCGGCGUCCGAAGCCUCGCUCGUUCGUUCGAAGGCUCGCCAGAGGCUACCGUGAGUCCGUGACGGUUUCGUCGCGCGCAGGAAAAGCAGGCGGCGCGCGCCGUCGACGCCUUCGUCCGGAGGUACAUGCCCGAGCUCGUGCAUUCGCACCUGAACUUCCCGGACGAGCCCGACGAGGACGACGGCCAGGACAGCCCGGCGGACGACGCAGUACCGCGUAAGUUCGUGCCGAACGAGCUGGAACGCGCCGCGGACGCGUCCGCGGGUCCUCCGCCGCCGCCCGCUCCGGAGGUGCCACCCGCGGCUCCUCCGCCGCCGCCCGCGGACCAGAUGGCCACCGCCUCGGAUUCCGCCAUGGAGAGCGCACCCGCGCCCAUGGAAAGCGACGAGGAUCAAGACGACGAAAGCGUACCGGAAGUCCCGGGUACGACUAUCUGA